AUGCACAAUUUAACUCCAAAAAUAACCAAUAUUGGAAUAUCUAAAUUUCAUACUUCCAAUGGUCUCCCGUUUACUCCGUACAGUCCUCCACAAUAUUUGAGCAAAUACAAAACAAAUGAUAAAACAAAAUUAAAUAUUUACAGCUUUGGCGUUUUGAUGUGGGAAAUAUCUAAUAAUGGCAUUGAACCUUUUUAUAACAAAUAUGAUGAUAUAAAAUUGGCAGUUGAAAUAAUUAAUGAUUUUAAAGAAUUACCUAUAAAAGGAACACCUCUCAACUAUGUUAAUUUAUAUAAAAAAUGCUGGGAUAAAAAUCCAGAAGAAUUACAAAACAUAUCUUGUGAUAAAGUAUACUAUAACAGCAUUGAUGAUGAUACUCCAAUGAACAUUGAUUUACCUGUCAAUACUAGUGAAAAUGUUAUCAUUAAAGAUUGUGUUUUAGAUUUCAAUGAUCUUGAAAAUGAAAUGAUGAGAAAAAUACAACUGAUUAAUCGAUUUGGCUUACAUAAAGGAAGGAAUUGUGAUGGAAAUGAUUUUAUU